CAAUUCAAUUUUCGCAUCCAUUCCAACUAAAGUGUUUUUUUAUCAUCUUAAUCAUAGAAGUGAUACUAACGACUUAUUAGCGGACUCGAGCCUCUUGAAUUCAUUUUUUUGCUCUGAGUUGGCUUUUUAAUUUGGCAGGACGUCAUCAUCGUCUGCUUUUAUUCCUGUUCUUUUUCCCUUUUAUUUUACUUCCAUUGAACAUAUUCCGAUGCACUACAGCCGGUGACGCGACUCCCUUGCCCCUUUCUCCAAAAUAGUAGUGUGGAAAAAGGUCGUCGCCAACCAGUUUUCCUACCAUCAACCUACCUGUAUCGAGUUUGCGCGAUUGUCCAAGUCGAUAAUUAUCUGUUUCACGAUUUGACACGAUUCGACUUCCUUAUCCUACGUCGGCCUAUUUGUCGCUUCUCACCGAUAUCCUAACCGUCAACACGCUCGUUAAUCGCAACAACAAAUCGCACAGCUGCCUAUCAUGAGGCUCCUCGCCUCCCUCGCGCUAUUCCUCAGCGCUGCUGCCCUUGGCACCGCGCAAGCAAUUGGUGCAGAGACAAGUGAUAGUCCAGAUCGGGAAAACACAUACUUUAAUGGCAAAAGAGUACCCCCAUUACUCGAGUUAACUGCUGAUAACUUCGAUAAAGAAGUGAAGCUGUCAAAAUUCCUUGUUGUCAAAUAUUACAGUCCAUACUGUCCUCAUUGUAUAGAUUUUGCACCAACCUACCAGACCUUGUACGAAUAUUACUACACCUCUAAAGCACCUAGCGACUCCGAGUCGACGGCUUCUUUCGAAAAGUACUACGAUAUCCGAUUUGCUGAGCUGAACUGUGUUGCUUAUGGCGAUUUGUGCACGAAACAUGAUAUUCAAUCAUACCCUCAGACCAUCCUCUACAAAGAUGGCGAGAAAGCCGAUCUCGUCAAAGGUGGAAAGGGAAUGUCUACUAUUUCGGGAUUAGUCGAAGGUGCGCUGGAGAAGGAAAAGCCUGGUACUCGGCCUAAAGAACUUGCCCUCCCCGAACCUGGUGCAACUGCCUUCCCGGCUACGUCAUCUGAGACUGAACAGGGCGUUGAGAAGCCUGUGAAAGGUGGAAAGGAGGAUACCACGGCUAUCACCAAGACCACGCCACAAAAAGUCGACAGCACGAAACCAUCUAAGCCGACCAAGACACCUAACGAGCAAGGAAUUUCUGUUUCACUCACCGCCGAAAGCUUCCAGACUUUGGUUACCAUGACCCAGGAGCCAUGGUUCAUCAAAUUUUACGCUCCCUGGUGUCACCAUUGUCAAGCCAUGGCUUCUAACUGGCAGCAGUUAGCGAAAGAGAUGAAGGGAAAACUCAACGUUGGCGAAGUCAAUUGCGAUGCGGAAUCUAGGCUCUGCAAAGAUGUCCAUCUUCGUGGAUUCCCUACAAUCCUUUUCUUCAGAGGAGGCGAGCGCGUUGAAUAUAACGGAUUACGAGGGCUCGGCGACUUCAUCCAGUACGCUGACAAAGCUUUGGAUAUUUGCAGCGGUGUUCAGGAUGUUGAUGCCACCUCUUUCGCAGCCCUUGAAGAGAAGGAGGACGUAAUUUUCGUCUACUUCUAUGACCAUGCUACUACAAACGAGGAUUUCAUGGCUCUCGAAAGGCUUCCCCUUAGCCUGAUCGGACAUGCCAAGCUUGUGAAAACGAAGGAUCCCGAACUCUACAACAGAUUCAAGAUUACGACAUGGCCUAGGCUAUUGGUAUCGCGGGAAGGGAGACCUACAUACUACAAUCCUUUGACCCCGAGGGAAAUGCGCGAGACUCAUCUAGUCCUCACUUGGAUGAAAUCCGUGUGGUUGCCCAUCGUUCCUGAGCUCACUGCCUCAAACGCGCGCGAAAUCAUGGACGGUAAGAUUGUCGUCCUAGGAAUCUUGAACAGGGAAGACCAGGAGACAUUUUUGAGUGCUAAGCGCGAGAUGAAACGUGCUGCAAAUGAAUGGAUGGACAAGCAGAUACAGCUCUUCCAGCUCGAGCGACAGAAUCUCCGAGAUGCCAAACAACUCCGUCUCGAGGAGGCGGAGGAUCGCAAUGACCAGCGGGCUUUGCGAGCCGCUAAAAGUAUCCGGAUUAGCAUGGAUAUGUCUGACCGUAAGGAGGUUACAUUUGCCUGGGUCGAUGGUGUCUUCUGGCAAAGGUGGAUUCGCACCACUUACGGUAUCGAUAUCAAGGAUGGCGAACGCGUUAUAAUCAACGAUGAGGACAACCGACGUUAUUGGGAUAUGACUAUUACCGGCAGCCCCAUUGUUCCCUCUCGAGUAUCGAUCCUAGAGACCAUCUCGAAGGUCACAACCUCUCCGCCCCUAAUUAAACCCAAGCUCACGAUCUCGAGUUUCGAAAAGAUCUUCUUUGACAUAAGAGUCACCUUCUCCGAACACCCGUACCUCUCGUUCGGUUGCAUAGCAGGCAUCGGUCUAGGCUGCGCGUCGUGGUUCCGAGGACGACUCCGGAGGAAUCGUGGACAUUUCCGUCUCGAGGAUAACCUCCCUAUCAAGGAAAUAAAGGAGGGUCUCCUUGGCAACACUGCCAACGGAAAGAAGGACUAAAUGAACGAUUUCCUGGAGGAAAAAACAAAGACUUGGAGCAUCGACAUUGGGAAGCCAUGGGUUACUGGAGUUAUAUCAUCCAGCGGGAGUUCUGUAUAAUACUCUCUUGUGUCCGUGUGCAUGCACAUGUCACCCAUACAACUGUCCAUCGUCGUUUUUUAAAUUCGGUGUCUUGGUUAAGGACACUUUUAUACCAGCUCAGAAAGCUAUGGCGCAGCACGAAAGUUUGGGACUACGGGAAUGAAAUAUAGGAGAGGGAACGAAGGGCUGUCGGUAGAAAAAAAGAGACUGGUUAUACCAAACCAUCCUCUUCUGUUUUAUCACGAAAGCAGAGAAACGCAUCAUAAUAAUAUUCCCUUGCUACUUUAUAUCUGCCUCGCCUCUUUGAUAUGGGUGCUGCUGUCUUGUGUGCUUCUCAUAGAAUACAUAGGAGUUUGGGAAGGGAAAGGGGACGUAUUCGAAUACAAAUCGGGGCCGUCGUGUAAAUUGGCCAAUACUGUUUGUUUUAUAUAUAUCUGACAUCUACAUC